AAAUCUGUUUUUGGAUCAUCACCUUGGAAUCCAAUUUCGCACCACUGCUUAGAAAUGCGAGAGUCCAAAGGAAUGUCAGGCUUCAGCAGUUUCCAGAGCUUUAGAUAAGAAAAUGCAUCCAUUUACAAUGGACCUUAACAAUGGAUUAAGAACAAAACUAAGCAAAGAGGAGAAGAAACUGAUGAAGAAACAAACAAAGGCCAAGAACGUUCUGCUAAGACAUGAAGGCAUCAAAACUGUGUCACAUCCCUCAAAGAACCUGGUCAUUGCCAAUGGAGGUCUGGGAAAUGGAGUGAGCAGACACCAGCUGCUUGUUGUAUUGGAAAAGUAUGGCCCAGUAGAAACUCUUCUCAUGCCACCGAACAAACCUUAUUCAUUUGUGACUUAUCGUACAACAGAUGAAGCUGCACGCGCUUACAGCUCUUUAAGUGGCCAAGAAAUAGCAUAUGGUGAAUGUGACCAGAAAGUGACCCUCUACUUGAGCUUUAUUGAAGAAGUUAAGGUGAAAGACUUUGUACCUCCAGAAUUCCCUCCCGGCUUAGUAAUUGUAGAAGAUUUUGUGUCCCCUGAGGAGGAAACAACAAUGUUGGAAAGUAUUGAUUGGACAACUGAAGAGAAUAGUCAGAAAUCCCUAAAACACAGACGAGUAAAACAUUUUGGGUACGAAUUCCGAUAUGACAACAACAAUGUAGACAAGGAUCUGCCAUUGCCUGGAGGUCUUCCUGAUUUUUGUACGGCAAUGUUGGAUAAAUGUCUACUGCAAGGUCUGAUAAAGCACCUGCCUGAUCAGCUGACAAUAAACCAGUAUGAACCAGGACAAGGAAUCCCUCCUCACAUCGAUACCCAUUCAGCUUUUGAAGAUGGAAUCAUCUCUCUCAGCUUGGGAGCAGAGAUCGUGAUGGACUUCAAACAUCCAAAUGGCUUUACAACCUCAGUCAUGCUUCCCAGAAGAAGCCUGCUGGUAAUGAGUGGAGAAUCAAGAUAUCUUUGGACCCAUGGCAUCACGCCAAGAAAGUUUGACGUUGUUCAAGUGUCUGAGAAAAAUACAAUUGGAACAAUCUGUGGGAAUAUUGAAGAGCUCACCUUAAACAAGAGGGGCACAAGGACAUCCUUCACAUUUAGGAAAGUGAGACAAGGCUUGUGUAAUUGUGCCUUUCCAUCAGUCUGUGAUAGCCAGCAGGUGCUGAACAAAGAUGAUUCACCUUCAGUUAUUGACUUGGAUCCCACAAACCUUGAAAAGGAGUUUGUUCACAAGGUUUAUGAAGACAUAGCUGGGCAUUUCAGCAGCACUAGACACACUCCAUGGCCAAGAGUUGUUGACUUCCUCAUGUCUUUACCAAAAGGUUCUCUAGUGGCUGAUGUGGGAUGUGGCAAUGGGAAAUAUCUUGGCAUCAACAAGGAUUUAUACAUGAUUGGCUGUGACAGGAGUAAAAAUCUUGUGGACAUUUGUGGCGAAAAGAAUUUUGAGGCAUGUGUGUGUGACGCUUUAUCAGUACCUUUCCAGUCUGGUUCGUUUGAUGCUUGUAUCUCCAUAGCGGUUAUUCACCAUUUUGCAACAGAAGAAAGAAGAUUGGCGGCCGUUGGAGAACUAACCCGUCUCCUACGAGCAGGUGGAACAGCACUCAUUUAUGUCUGGGCCAUGGAGCAAGAAUAUAAGAAAAAUAAAUCAAAGUAUCUCAAGGAAAACAAAACUGAUAAAGAAAAGCAAAUAUGUAAAAGCACAAAUGUGAAAAAGGAAGACAUUAAUAUCACACUACCUGUUCACACUAACAGAACGGCAUUUGAUUCUCAAGAUCUGCUCGUUCCUUGGCAUCUUAAAAUAACAAGCCAGGCAAAAGACACUGUAACAUCCAACCCUUUAGAGUGUAAAGAAAACCAGAAAGGAGCUAGCCCUGUGUUCCAUCGUUAUUAUCAUGUAUUCUGUGAAGGAGAGCUUGAGGCACUGUGUAAUCAUUUGCCGAACAUCACCACAAUGCAAAGUUAUCACGACCAAGGAAACUGGUGUGUGAUUGUACAGAAAUCACAUGAUCUAGAUGACCAUUAGCUUUCAUGUUAAGCUGUGUUAUUUCACAUUUUAAUAUUGUAAAUACAACUUUAGCAUGAUUUUUUGCAAUUGAGAUGUUUUUGAAAUAAAGUAAUUGAUUAACAGCAGAAA